CCUUUCUCCAUCGUCUCCACCGUCCCCGCCAGCGCCCUCGUCGCCGUCCCACACGUCGUCCCCCUUUGCCUUUUCACGUCUGUUCUAUCAUGCCUUCUCUUCGCCGUACUUUCUCAUCUCCCUCCGCACGCUCGACCCCAUACCCCUCUUCCCUUGGCAUUGCUAACACUCGAGGCAGCUAUCCUUCCCGACGAUCAUCCGGCUCCGACGUUUCCACCCGCAGGGUCCUUGCAGAUAUCGACUGGUGGCGGGUUGCAGAUGGUCAGCGCGAACCAGACGCAGAGCGUGAGCUGAACGAGAACGAGGACACGGAGGCCACCGCAGGCAACAACACAGCCCAAAUCCCUUCUCGUUCUCCUGCAGAUACCAUCGCAGACGCUCUCGCCGACUUCGCGCUCGUGGCCGGUCCCGCAACUAUCGCAGCAGAACUCGCCCUCCAACAGCCCUCGACGUCCGGUCCGUCAGAGGUGCUGUCCGAGAACCAGCCUGGAGACUCUAUUGUACAUUCCCCAUUCCGUUCUUACGGUCCGCUCGGUCUUGGACCCCGCACGCCCGCACGACGUGAAGCCUCUGGCUCGUCGACGUACUCUUCCGAUUCCUGUUCAUCUACCAGUUCAUCUCCCGACUCCCUCUACACUCCCCGGGAAAACCUAUCCUUCACCUUCUCCGAUGUGGGCUUCUCCGACUCUGUCUUCGAUUCUCCCUCUAUCCCCACCGAAACGCGCCCUGUCGCGCUCGGUGCUAUCAAGUCUUACUCCUUCGCCGGCUUCUCGUCGAAACAAUUCGAUGACGAUGACGACGACUUUUUCCUCCCUACUCCCGACUUCACUCACGAAGACCUGUUCGCUUGAACAUAUCCAUUUUGAUCCCGGUUUCCUCGUCAUCGUUGGGAACGCCACCAUCACUCCCUUCCUUGCGCCGCGCCUGCGCCCGCUCCUGAUCAGGCUCAUCUCCCCAAAAAUGUGCCCGCUGUACCAUCAUCAUAGUCUCGCGCCACACACAUUCUCACAUUCACGGGUCUGCGUCUCGUAACGACCAUCAUCGACCUUACACGAAUUCUUCAAAGGAUGACAACCUCAUGAUCUACGACCUCCCGGGUGGAUUGACGACUUGACGACGUGCCAAAACGCCGUCGUUUCAUUUUUCAACAUCGGAUUUUAGCCUUGUACGAUGGUUACCCAUCGUAUUCGCUUGGUUCGAUCUUCGCACAACCCCAUUCUUCGCAUCUCGACCAUUGCUUAGUGCAUGGUUGACCCUUACGACCAUUCACGCCCUUAUUUGACGACUUUUUUUUACCUUCCAUGUUGUCCGAUAUCUUUCAACCUUUCUAUCUUCGUGUUUGGGUCGGUCGGAUACGGCUAUCCCCGCUUAGCCUACGCCGCUCGGAGGUCCGCGUCUACAUUCUACGCAGAUCCGUUUUUGGUUUUUGGUCACGGUCAUGCGCUCUUGUUUGGUUGUUCGCAUCCGGUCUGGUUUCACCUCGGUUUUUGGCAUCUUACCUACCGAUUCUGAUAUCUCAUCACACAUCUGUCUCGAGGUUUUUCUUGUCUUUGUUCUCCAACCAUUGACCUCGCGAUAUCCUCUUCUUCAUACAAUUUUUGUACACUUGUUCAUUCAUCCGUUCACCCUCGUCAACCCGGUCUCAAAAGGCGUAGAUCACACAUUUUGUUCUCCCGUUUCGCCGUUCUUCUGUCCCAUAUCUGUCCCCCUUUCUCCUUCGUUCUGACGUUCUGAACUAUCCGUCUCCUUCCCAACACAAUUGUUUGUAACGACUAGACAUGCAUACCAUCUCAUCUCCCUCACCUUCAUCGUAUCGUCUUGCCUCCAUCCAUCCAUCCAACCGUCCAUCCGCUCUAUGUCUCUUCUCUUCUCGUCUCUCUCGAUCUAUGCACUCCUGUUCUGCUUUCUUAGUUUCGUCUCCGUACUCGCUAUCUAUGUAUCUGACUCUGAUCUACCUGAUGACUUUCCCAUUGGCCCCCCGGGAGGGAUGUUUGUGUGUCCAUUGUGUCUGUGCUCACACUACGUAUACACGUCCAUCGCGUAUAUACCCCCCCCCCCCCGCCCCCGAUCGUCUCUUCUUGCCUCGAGUUGUCGAUGAUGACCGGUCCCGGGCACUCAGUCCUCAGUCCUCAGUCUGAUCUGAUCCAUAUACGUACAUAGAUAGCUUUCUCUUUCUUUCUGGCCCGCUCGUUCAAACGUUCAUGUCUGAUUGAUUGACCGACCGACAGCUUCCUUUGGCCCUUUUGAUUGUCUGUAUGUCUGAUCGAUUCGUUUGGACGAUGUAAAUACCCUUGGUCUCGAUUUCGAUUUUGUACAGUCUCCUUUUUGGCUCUUGACUGUUAACGACUCCUUUACGAUUUUUUCUUUCUUCUUUUUGUUUCGUCUUUCUCUGUUUCUUCCUUCUCUUCCUUUCAUCUUUUGCCCUCUUGUACCUACGACCUACCUACCUACUCUUUCACUGACCGACCGACCGACCGACCCACUGAUUCGCUGAUUCAUUGAUUCAUUGACUCAUUUCCGACUGAUUGACAUACACAUUGGCAUCUUACAUCUUUCUUCAGAUUCAUGUUCUCGUAUCUUGUUGUAACGUCCUUACGAUCGAUACGAUACGAUACUCGAAAGAAAGA